AUGCCUUCUUCUGUACCGAGCAUUACCCAAUUUGCUGAUCAUACUUCUCGGACACAACCUUGCGAACCGAAUAGUCAUGAGCAUUUGGAAUCAGAUAAGCCCCCUUGCACCUCACGAUCCUAUUCUGAUGCACAUAUAAAGGUAUCUGAAAAACUUAAAGAGCUUGUGUUUCAGCAGAUGGGUGGAAAUCCCGUAGGAUUUCGAUGGCCGGGAUCCUCCAAGGGCAGUCAUAACAACCAUGGCAAUGAAGACGAACUAGAAAUGGUGGUGGGAACUUGCAUUUGCUGCAGAAGUAGUCUUCGAUAUCCCAAAACAGUGCCAUGCUUUCGAUGUGUUGUUUGCUUGACCAUAAACGACUUACAUCCCAUCCAUGGCAAAUUGGACCAUCAGCGAAAAACAGAUAAUCCAUCAACUAUCUCAGCGACCCUCGUCUUUCAAAAGAUUAAAGAAACACGUUCCUCUCUAAAAAAUGCUAAACGGAAAAAUGACAAACACGCAUAUACUUUGGCUAUCUUGUCUCUGCAGCAGUUCCUUUCACGAUUGUUUCGCAAUUCGCACAUCCUUCUUCAAGCCUUCUCUACCGCAGAACGUGUAUAUAAAAGUUGCGGUCUCAACUUCCACGACAUAUGGCUUAUGUAUGAGCAACUCAUGAGUUUAGAUCCCUCUAUUAUGGAAGAGGUAUUAAGAGCAACCGACAAUUUGCUUCGACGACCGAAACAGCACUGUUACGAUAUCACUCAUUAUCGAUUUUUGUUGAUUCUGUUGGAGAAUCCACUCAUCACCUAUAAUUACAGAGAAAAGAGGUAUAGUAAAUUGGGAGUUUUAAAGAGAAUUUUGGGAAUCCUUUCCAAUCUCGGAAAUGAAGCCCAUCGAUACUUUAUUUGUUGGUUUACUCAAGGCCCAUAUCGAAAUGCCGAGUUUUUUCGAGAUAAGGUCGAUCUCAUCAAUAGGUUUAUUGGACAACGAUUGUCCAAGCAGUGUGAACGAAUUCAAUACAACUACUCCUAUAAUUCAGAUUGGCAGAUUCGUGCUGCUGCCAUCAGCAUGGCUCUUUUGUAUGGAGCAAAUUGUCAAACGAAUCUUAUCGUAAAAAGCUCUUUUUAUUGUACCAUGGUUGACUAUAUCAACCUCAAUAAAGAUUUUGAGCUAUGGGAGCAGAAAAGGCAUUAUUUUACAUUCUGUCAGUACCCUUUCCUGCUUUCCAUGGGGGCGAAAGUAAAAAUUAUGCAAUUUGAUGCCCGUCGACAAAUGGAGUAUCGGGCAAGAGAAGCUUUUUUCUCUUCCAUCCUUUCAAAAAAGGCAGUUGAACCUUAUCUUAUUCUUCGCGUACGACGGACUCACCUCCUAGCUGACAGCUUAAGACAAGUUAGCAAACCAGGAAUCGAUCUAAAAAAGUCUCUUAAAGUUGAAUUUGUGAAUGAGGAAGGUGUAGAUGCUGGCGGAUUAAAAAAGGAAUGGCUUUUAUUGCUUAGUCGCGAAAUCUUUGAUCCUAGUUUCGGGCUUUUUGAAAGUUAUCCUGAUGAACAAUUGGACUACGUUUGGUUCAGUAGUAGAAGGAAAACCACCAACAAAGAGUACUAUCAUCUCGUUGGUGUGCUCAUGGGCAUGGCUGUGUAUAAUUCGGUGAAUCUUGAUGUAAAAUUGCCGACUGCCUGUUACAAAAAGCUUUUAGGUCUGCCUCUUACUUUGAACGACGUGGCAGAAUUUCGACCAUCCCUAACCCACGGACUCCGGAUGCUGCUGGAGUUCGACGGAGACGUUGAAGAGAUGUACGGAUUGAAUUUUACUGUUAAUGUACCAACAGAAACAGGUUAUGAAACAGUAGAACUCAUAAAGGAUGGGGCUCAAAUAAGCCUCAAUAAUGAAAAUAAGAAGGAAUAUGUGGUAGCUUAUUCCGACUAUUUACUAAACAAAUCCAUACAGUCACAAUUUUCGACCUUUCAAGAGGGAUUUUUAAAGGUCUGCGGAGGGAAUGCACUCUCGCUUUUUCAAGAGCAAGAGAUGGAAAAACUAGUUAGAGGUAAUGAGGAGCUCAUCAAUUGGGAUUUGUUACGUGCAACUUGCACGUACGACAUGUAUAAUCGUGAAACCGUCUGUAGACAAAACAGCAGGGCACAUGAGAGACGGACUCACAUGCUCAAUGACCAUUCUGUUAAAAAAAUUCCUGUAAUUGCUUGGCUUUGGGAAACAAUUUUCAGUCUCCCAGAAGAGAAACAACGAAGACUGCUUGUUUUUAUGACGGGAAGCGAUCGAAUCCCAGCAACUGGGAUUCAAAGUAUUCAGCUUCGAGUAUCUAUAUUAGGACCGAAUAACGAAAAACUUCCGAUUGCUCACACCUGCUUUAACCAACUAUGCAUCUGGGAAUAUUCCAGCAAAGAAAAAUUGAAGCAAAAACUAAAUCGAGCAAUAUAUGAAACGAAAGGAUUUGGACUUCGAUAA